UGUUUCCUUUGACGCUGCUAUGAACGUAACAGUCGAACACGUUGUGAUCCCCUGUAAGUGUAUAUUACGUUAAUGUUCUUGAUAAUGCAAUAAAAAAAAGGGAAAGCGCGAGAGACACGAGACAAGAGCUGAAACUUUCACCAGUUGAGGCUGAAAGUGACGCUGUUGUGUUAACGAUCAUGAAUGAAAAGCAAAUGUGAAAUAUUUUUUCCAGAUGCCGCAUAUUUCCAGUCUGCAGAUCUGGUCCUGUGGGCGUCAGUAUCACACAGUGAUCACAGUUCACACCUGCAGUGAAGCCCCUCCCACAACAAUUCACCAAUAAAUACUGGGAAUAUUCCCAUCAUCCUACAAGAGAAGGACAAACUCCAGGAGUAGCAGCUGAAAUCUGUGUGACUGUUAAAGAUGGAGUUUAUUAAAGAGGAGAUUGAAGACAUGAGUGAUCCAGAACCAUCCAGAAUAAAACAUGAAGAUACUGAGGAACAAAUAGUCCAGAUGGAAGUGAAGGAGCAAAGACAGAAACUAAAUGACGUCAAGAAACACUGCGACUUCAAAACUCAAGAAACAAAAGCCAAUAAGCUGCACUCCUGCUCUCAGUGUGGAAAGAGUUACCAAAAUAAAAUAAACCUUAAGAUACACAUGAGAAUUCACACUGGAGAGAAACCGUAUCCAUGCACUCAGUGUGAGAAGAGUUUUACUCAUGCAUCAGCUCUCAAGUAUCAUCUGCACAUUCACUCUGGAGAAAAACCAUUCAACUGUGAUCAGUGUGGUAAAGAUUUUAUUUCAUCCUCAAGUCUAAAACAACACCUGCAAGUUCAUUCAGAUGAGAAGCCUUAUGUGUGUUCUCUCUGUGGAAAGAGUUUUCCACGGCUGAAUAGUUUUAAACAGCACCAGAAAACACAUAAUGAAGUGAGAGAUCAUGUGUGUUGUGACUGUGGGAAGAGCUUUACUAGAGCUGACAAACUGAAACUGCACCAAAGAAUUCAUACUGGAGAAAAACCUUACAAGUGCUCAUAUUGUGACAAGAGUUUCACUCAUUCUGAAUCACUGAAAUAUCAUGAGCGAGUUCAUACUGGAGAGAAGCCGUAUUACUGUACUCUGUGUGGAAAAGGUUUUACUUCACCAUCAUAUCUCAAAAAACACCUAACUUGUCACACAGGUGCUAAGCCUCACUUGUGUUCUCUCUGUGGAAAGAGUUUCAGAGAAAAAGGAGACCUUAAGACACACAUGAGAAUUCACACUGGAGAGAAACCGUAUCCAUGCACUCAGUGUGGAAAGAGUUUCACAUCUUCAUCCUUACUCAAGCAUCAUUUGCGUAUUCACUCUAGAGAAAAAACAUUUAACUGUGAUCGAUGUGGUAAAGGGUUUAUUUCGUCAACACAUCUAAAAUCACACCUGAAAGUUCAUUCAGACGAGAAGCCUUAUGUGUGUUCUCUCUGUGGAAAGAGUUUUUCACGGCUGGACAGUUUUAAACUGCACCAAAAAAUACAUAAUGAAGUGAGAGAUCAUGUGUGUUGUGACUGUGGGAAGAGCUUUACUACAUCUAGUAAUAUGAAACGGCACCAAAGAACUCAUACUGGAGAAAAACCUUACAAGUGCUCAUAUUGUGAGAAGAGUUUCACUAAGUCUGGAAACCUGAAAACACACAAGAGAGUUCAUACUGGAGAGAAGCCGUACCACUGUACUCAGUGUGGGGAGAGUUUUAAACAUUUAUCAAGCCUUCAUGCUCAUAUGAAAAACUGUUGCAAGUGAUCAACAUUUGUGUUCAUAUCAACUACAUUCAGAUAAAUUCCACAAGACAAAAUAUGGAGGAUCUAGUUUUUUGUUUGUUUUUGUUUAAAUAAUUGAAAGACUAGAAAGACUUAAGAGGUCAAGCUUCAACAGUGUUAAUCUUGUUUGUGUGCAAAAUCUCUCUGCAUGGAUUGUGUGCUUAGUAGGUCUAUCUUGAAUUAUAUUUAUGUCACUUACUUAUUUACAAAGUUUACUAUAUUGUCUUCUGAUAGUACAUGCAAUUAUGAGAAAUAAACAGAAAAAAACAAUUGUCUUGACAAAAGGUGUUUAACUGUGUUUAACUUGUUUAAACUGAAAACAAGUCUAAUAUAUGUUUUUGGAAAUAGUUUUUAAAACACGGUAAGUCUAUC